UACUUUCCAUAUAUAUAUUUUUCCCCCUCCUGCGUCUUGACUGGUCCAGGGAUGACUUCCUCGCUGCAGCGGCCCUGGCGGGUGCCCUGGCUACCGUGGGCCAUCCUGCUGGUCAGCACUGCGGCCGCUUCCCAAAAUCAAGAACGGCUAUGUGCAUUUAAAGAUCCAUAUCAACAAGACCUUGGGAUAGGCGAGAGUCGAAUCUCUCAUGAAAAUGGGACAAUAUUAUGCUCAAAAGGUAGCACCUGCUAUGGCCUUUGGGAAAAAUCAAAAGGGGACAUAAAUCUUGUAAAACAAGGAUGUUGGUCUCACAUUGGAGAUCCUCAAGAGUGUCACUACGAAGAAUGUGUAGUAACUACCACCCCUCCCUCAAUUCAGAAUGGAACAUAUCGUUUUUGCUGCUGUAGCACAGAUUUAUGUAAUGUCAACUUUACUGAGAAUUUUCCACCUCCUGACACAACACCAAUCAGUCCACCUCAUUCAUUUAACCGAGAUGAGACAAUAAUCAUUGCUUUGGCAUCUGUCUCUGUCUUAGCUGUUUUGAUAGUUGCCUUAUGCUUCGGAUACAGAAUGUUGACAGGAGACCGUAAACAAGGUCUUCAUAGUAUGAACAUGAUGGAGGCAGCAGCGUCAGAGCCCUCUCUUGAUCUAGAUAAUCUGAAACUGCUGGAGCUGAUUGGCCGGGGUCGAUAUGGAGCAGUAUAUAAAGGUUCCUUGGAUGAACGUCCAGUAGCUGUAAAAGUAUUUUCUUUUGCAAACCGUCAGAAUUUUAUCAACGAAAAAAACAUUUACAGAGUGCCUUUGAUGGAACAUGACAACAUUGCUCGCUUUAUAGUUGGAGAUGAGAGAGUCACUGCAGAUGGACGCAUGGAGUAUUUGCUUGUGAUGGAGUAUUAUCCCAAUGGAUCUCUUUGCAAGUAUUUGAGUCUCCAUACAAGUGACUGGGUAAGCUCUUGCCGUCUGGCUCAUUCUGUGACUAGAGGACUGGCUUAUCUUCACACAGAAUUACCACGAGGAGAUCAUUAUAAGCCUGCAAUUUCCCACCGAGAUUUAAACAGCAGAAAUGUCCUGGUGAAAAAUGAUGGAACCUGUGUUAUUAGUGACUUUGGGUUGUCCAUGAGACUGACUGGAAACAGACUGGUGCGCCCAGGGGAAGAAGAUAAUGCAGCCAUAAGUGAGGUUGGCACAAUUAGAUAUAUGGCACCAGAAGUGCUAGAAGGAGCUGUGAAUCUGAGGGACUGUGAAUCAGCUUUGAAACAAGUAGACAUGUAUGCUCUUGGAUUAAUCUAUUGGGAGAUAUUUAUGAGAUGUACAGACCUCUUCCCAGUGCCAAGGCUCAAACUCAGUGCCUUACACACACAAGGUGAAUCUGUACCAGAAUAUCAGAUGGCUUUUCAGACAGAAGUUGGAAAUCAUCCUACUUUUGAAGAUAUGCAGGUUCUUGUAUCUAGGGAAAAACAGAGACCCAAGUUUCCAGAAGCCUGGAAAGAAAAUAGCCUGGCGGUGAGGUCACUCAAGGAGACAAUUGAAGACUGUUGGGACCAGGAUGCAGAGGCUCGUCUUACUGCGCAGUGUGCUGAGGAAAGGAUGGCUGAACUUAUGAUGAUAUGGGAAAGAAACAAAUCUGUGAGCCCAACAGUCAAUCCCAUGACUACUGCUAUGCAGAAUGAGCGCAACCUGUCACAUAAUAGGCGUGUGCCAAAAAUUGGCCCUUAUCCAGAUUAUUCUUCUUCCUCAUACAUUGAAGAUUCUAUCCAUCACACUGACAGCAUUGUGAAGAAUAUUUCCUCUGAGCACUCAAUGUCCAGCACACCUUUGACUGUAGGGGAAAAGAACCGUAAUUCAAUAAAUUAUGAACGACAGCAAGCACAAGCUCGAAUCCCCAGCCCUGAAACGAGUGUCACCAGUCUGUCCACCAACACAACAACCACAAACACCACUGGUCUCACUCCAAGUACUGGUAUGACCACUAUAUCUGAGAUGCCAUACCCAGAUGAAACAAAUCUCCAUGCCAUAAAUGUUGCACAGUCAAUUGGGCCAACCCCUGUCUGCUUACAGCUGACAGAAGAAGACUUGGAGACUAACAAGCUAGACCCAAAAGAAGUUGACAAGAACCUCAAAGAAAGCUCUGAUGAGAAUCUGAUGGAGCAUUCUCUUAAACAGUUCAGUGGGCCAGACCCACUGAGUAGUACCAGUUCUAGCUUGCUUUACCCACUCAUAAAGCUUGCAGUAGAAGUGACUGGUCAGCAGGACUACACCCAGGCUGCAAAUGGCCAAGCAUGUUUAAUUCCUGAUGUUCCACCCACUCAGAUAUACCCUCUCCCUAAACAACAGAACCUUCCUAAGAGACCUACUAGUUUGCCUUUGAACACCAAAAAUUCAACAAAGGAGCCCCGGCUAAAAUUUGGCAGCAAGCACAAAUCUAACUUGAAACAAGUAGAAACUGGAGUUGCCAAGAUGAAUACAAUCAAUGCAGCAGAACCUCAUGUGGUGACAGUCACCAUGAAUGGAGUAGCAGGUAGAAACCACAGUGUUAACUCCCAUGCUGCCACAACCCAGUAUGCCAAUGGGGCAGUUCCAUCAGGCCAGACAGCCAACAUGGUGACACAUAGGGCCCAAGAAAUGCUGCAGAAUCAAUUUAUUAGUGAGGAUACCCGGCUGAAUAUUAAUUCCAGUCCUGAUGAGCAUGAACCUUUGCUAAGACGAGACCAACAAGCUGGCCAUGAUGAAAGUGUUCUAGAUCGUCUUGUGGACAGGAGGGAACGGCCACUAGAAGGUGGCCGAACUAAUUCCAAUAACAACAACAGUAAUCCAUGUUCAGAACAAGAUGUUCUUACACAGGUUGUUUCAAGCACAGUAACAGAUCCAGGGCCAUCAAAGCCCAGAAGAGCACAGAGGCCCAAUUCUCUGGAUCUUUCAGCCACAAAUGUCCUAGAUGGCGGCAGUAUACAGAUAGGUGAGUCAACACAAGAUGGCAAAUCAGGAUCAGGUGAAAAGAUCAAGAAGCGUGUGAAAACUCCCUAUUCUCUUAAGCGAUGGCGCCCUUCCACCUGGGUCAUCUCCACUGAACCACUGGACUGUGAGGUCAACAACAAUGGCAGUGAUAGGGCAGUUCAUUCCAAAUCCAGCACCGCCGUUUACCUUGCAGAAGGAGGCACUGCCACAACCAUGGUGUCUAAAGAUAUAGGAAUGAAUUGUCUGUGAAAUGUUUUCAAGGUUACGGAGUGAGAUUAUUUUUUGCAUCAUUUAAACAUGCAGAAGACACUUAAAAAAAAAAACUGCUUUAUCCUCCUGUCAGCACCCCUUCCCACUCCUGCAACAAGGACUUGCUUUAAAUAGAUUUCAGCUAUGCAGAAAAAUUAGCUUAUGCUUCCAUAUUUUUUAAUUUUGUUUUUUUAAGUUUUGCACUUUUGUUUAGUCUCGCUAAAGUUGUAUUUGUCUGUUAUGACCACAGAAUUAUAUGUGUGUGUAUCAAAAGUGGUCUCAAAAUAUUUUUUUAAGAAAAAAAAAGCAAAAACAUUGUAUUGCUGAUAAUCAGUUUGGACCAUUUUCUAAAGGUCAUUAAAACAGAAACAAAUUAAGACAGGUUUGCCUGCAGUGGUGUCUGGUAUCCAUGUUUUAUUUCUGGGCACAAGCUAGUUUAUAUGUUGAUAUGUUCUUAAACAUAUUAUCUGUUGGACAUUCUUUUCUCUUGUAUUUUGUUUGAAUGUGCAAUAGUCUGUAGACCACAAAUAAGCUUUCUUGUAAGCGCUCUUCCUAAUGGGGCACACAUUCUUCCAUAAUAUGAACAUUUUUCUCCCCUCAUUCUUCCAUAAUCUGAAAAGUUUUCUCCCCUAUCUCCCAUGCUUUUUGUAGGUCAGUUCUGUGACAGUGAAUUUUGCACAGAAGAAAGCAGCUACCUGAUUUCUUGCUUUCUCUCUCUUUUUGGAGAAUGCAGAAACAUUGUCUGAAAGGGCUCUGUAGAAGAAACUACCAAAACCCAUUUUGAAAUGCCAUAUUCUUUUAACCUUCCAAAUCUUAAACAUAUCCUUCUGGGCAUUUUAACAAGUAUAUUUGAUUCUGGUUUUGGAAGUUCAUAAAAGAGCAGAGAACAAAAUACAAGAAAUCAAAUAUUAGCUUUUUAACUUUUAAUUUUAUUUUUGUAUAUACAUGUUCCAUAUUCAUUUAUUUAAGAAAUACAUUUUUAUCAGAAAACAUUUAGAGUUAAACUUACAUGGAAUUUUAGUAAGUAGGUGGUUAAGACAUUAUAGUUUUAUAACCUUCAUUCUCUGAAUAGGCCAUCUUUGACUCAAAGAAAAUUACAUUUUUCUUUUAUUGUAACUUCAAAAAUAAUUCAUAGUUUUGAUCCUGUAGUACUUUAUUGUGUUCCCAAGCAAAGCCUAGUGACUUUAUGUGAAAAUUAUUUCCUUUACCCAUGACCUAAAACACUGUGUAGAAAAUUCAUUCAACUGGCAUGCCAAAUCUCUAUGGCAGGAAGGAAUACUGCCAAACUUACCUUUCUUGAACAGGCUGAGAUUUACCCUCUCUCUCUUUGCAAAACUGUGUAUUUCAUCCGUAGUCCUCAUUUCAUAAUUUCUCCUGUUGCUAGUUUUUCACAUAAUCUCUGAUAUGUGAGCAGAAUUUAUUAUUUAUAUUGCAUUAGAAUACACCUUUUAGUGAUAGUAAACCCUUAAAAUAAUAUUGUUUUUAAAGCUUCCUUGCCUCUUUGAUUACUUAUAUUUUUUUUCUAAAAUAACAACUUCUGCAUGUUUUUUUUUAAUUAAGCACUUUCUUUCAAAUAAGGAAUUUUUUUCCUAAACAAAUUAUAUUCUGACAAUUUGAAAACAGUGAUCUCACUUAUUUUUUUCAGAUUCAUGGAAUACUUAGUAUAACAUUAUCUGAUUAAGUUCUAAGAUUUUUCUGGGACAUAAAAAGUUAAGAGAAAAACAUAAAUCCCCAAAUUUCUGAUUUAAGUUCUUACCUCCUGAAAAAUAUUUUCUCAUUCAUACUCUCUGUCUUAAGCAUUUAGUAAAAGACAGCUUAAACUUCCCAGCUGGCUGUCCAAAAUAUUUGUGACUUAUUUAUAUAUAAGCCUUCUUAUUGCCAUCUGCUGUGAUGUUAUGAGUUAGAGAUUACAACAUUUACCAUUUAUUCAACUGGAUUGCUGAUUACAGGUCUUGAUUCUUAGAAUUAAGAUUAUUUUUAGUGCCCAGGAUUUCCACCUUUUGUGUUUUAUUGGACCUUUCUUGUGAUUCAGACCUUUAACAUAUUUUUUAGUCUUCUGGCAUAUAACUUUUUCAUAAAGCUAUUAUCUUUUAUCUUUGUGACAAAUUAUUUGUAGUUUUUCCCAGGAAAUUUUCAUUUAGUUCUCUUGUCUUUAAAUGUCUUUCAAAUGCAUUUCACAAUAGUCUUUUCAAACAUUUAGGAGACAAUAUUGAAUCAAAAUAAAUUAUAUUUCAUCUCCAAGCAUUAAGGAUAAAUGACUAUCUGAGGUUUUAACUGACCUUUUCCUAUCAGACGAAGAGUUCUGUAUGCUCUGGUAGACUUUCUAUUUGGGCCAGUCCACUUUAAGUUUUUCAACAUUUUUUAAUGUUCAAUAAUAAAAUGCUUUAAAAAAUAACUUACCUAAUUAAAAUAACUGCAUAGUUUCCAUUUCAUGCAAACAUGUUUAAAACAAUUUUCUUUCCCCAGUUAUUUUAGUCAACUGUUGAAAAAAUAGGAGAGGUAGAAAGUAUGGAUCAUAUUAAAAAUUUAGGUUAAAUUAUACAUCAGACUUUUAGAAUUUUUGUAAUAUAUAAGUAAGAAAAUCACUUUAAAUGAUUUAAAUUGUAUAAUUGCUAAUUUUAUUCAUGUAACAAUAAAUGUUUCUUAAAGCUGAUAUUUAAAUGCUAUCACAAAAUUUUGCGUUUAGAAAAGAAUUUGGGUCUUUUUAAAUAAAGGGCCACUGAAUUUGAAAAUAUGAAAACUUAUUUCACUAGGUAUUAAUGUAACCUUAAAAGUGUCAUGCUAGGUAAUCAUGCUAGGUAACUCUAAUAUCAGUUCCCUUAACAAAUCUAAAUUGUAUACCAGAAUUAAGUAAUUAAAAGAACUUGAUUUGGAUUUUGUUUACACUAAAUGAUUUAAAUAUAAAUCCUAAAACCUUUUUCUUUCUUUUUUUUUUACAUUUAAAUAUUUUCUAAAACUUUUUUCUAAAUGUAUAAUUGGGAAAGAAAAAAAACUGUUCUUGUAGAAAGUAUGAAAAGGCACAUACAGAAUACUGGGAGAUAUAUAUGGUACUUAAUCCUCACAGUGACCCAAAUGAGCUAACGUUCCCACUUUACAGAUGAGGAAAACAAAGUUAAGAGAAACUAGAUAAUUUGUCCAAGGUUCACAUCUAGUUACAGACAAAGAUGGGAUUUAGCCUGUGUCUGCCUCUCUACAUCUCUUAUGUGUAGCACAUUGCCUACAUACUGUAUGACAGGUUGUGUAUUGUACUGACAUUUUUAAGAAAUUCAGUCAUUAUAUUCCAGCACAAUUAUGGUUUGUAUAUAAGCCAAAGCAGACACCUUAAUGAUUUUAGCAGUUAGGCAACCAUAAAAUGUAUAGACGUGCCUAUGCCUUUUGUUGCUUAAGACAUAAUUACUAGUUCAAAACAAAAUUCAAUCUUAAGUUUGCCACCUUAAAAUAAUUCACCUAACUCCUAGCUUUCUUAUUUUGCAGAACUAAAGGAAAAGUAAAUUUUAAGGAAAAAGUGAAGGUAGUUUUGGGAACGUUUUCCUAAAAUGAUUCCAUACUAGAUUUGGAAAAAUUAAAUUAGCAUAGAACUUCAAUCUCAUCAAUCCUUUGAAAUUUUUAAUCUUUGAAAUUUCUGCAUUUAGUGACUUUAGAAAAUUUGUUAAUCCAGAGAACUAAUUGAAUAGGAUAUGGGAAAGAUACAAGGAUAAUAUUAUCUUUCACGAAGUAAUGUAGCUUCCUCAUAUGUACUUACUUCUAGAAAAUGAAAAUUGAUUCUGAAUAUAAAAAUAACUAGAAAAGAAGAAACACUACUCAAGUAAGUAUGUGUUUCAGUUAGAAUUAUCACAAAAUUGGCAAAUCUUUUUAUGUAAAAUAUUUACAAGUUUGUCUUCUAAAGCCAAGUUAGGCCACAGCUAUUAUACUGAAUUUUUAGUCUCUGUAAAUAUGUCUCUUGAAAGUCAUUUAAAAAAAUUGAAUAUGUCAAUAAACUUUUUAUUUUCUUUUUUUCAUACUUACAGGCAUGAAUAUUUCAUUGGAGAUUGUUAACUCUUAGAACUUGAUGUGACGUUAUAUUUCUAUACCACAUUUUAUAAAUACAUGUUGAACUUACUACCAGUUAUAUGCAGGUUAUUUUACAUGAUUAUUCACAGAUUGCUUUAUAUAUUACCUUAUCUUCUUAGCAAACUGUACUCUUAUAAUGUGCACACUUGAUUAUCUAGACCAGCCAUUCUAGAAAUUGAGUAAUAACUCCCACAUACACCCAGGAGUCUCUUUCAGACUGGGAUAUUUCUAAAUAUUCAUAGCCUUGAUUGAUAGUGGGGUUUUUUCCCAGCAAUGAAGUUGCAUUUUACCUUUGAGAUUAUGAACUAUGCAAACUGCCCCAAACUACCUUACAUGAUCUCUUCCUAGAUAUAUUCAUUAAAUAAAUCUGGCAAAUCACUGUUGGAGCUAGUUACACAAAAGUUAUUAUCCAAAGAAGGCUUUUCUGCACGUUUCUAGAUUAACAUAUGAGAAAAGAGGAUAUCACAGAGAGUGUUCUAGUGCACCUACCCAUUACUCUCUUUAAAUUGCCACAUGGUUUAUAUCUGGUUUACUCUGUUCCUCUGCUAUCUGACUUGCAGUUUUAUGUGUCAGAAAAGUUUUCUGCAUGUCUAUUCUGUCUCCCUCUUGCUUCAUUUUUAAAUCCAUUUCUUUACCCAGUAGGGAAAAAAAAAAAGAACAAUUGGUCAUCAUCUCUAACACUGUUACUCUAGUAUACUUCAGACUUCUCAGUUAAUAUCUAAAUCUCAGUUCUUCAGACAAAAUUGUUUCAAUCUCUUUAGCUUUUCCUUCUCAGUUCCAUUUUAAUGACCUUAUAUUUAAGAGCACAUAAAAUUAUAUUUUAUAUUUUACUCAAAUUAAUUACUCCAUUUAAGUAAUAGUUCAGUAGUUUUAUAGAAUUGAGAGUUAGUUAUCAUUUGACAUUAGAUUCAAUCAUCAGACUACCAGCAAAUCAGCACUUAAUUUUUAUAUUAUCUAACAUUUUCUAUUGUGAAGUUUUUAUGAUUUUAUAUUUUCAUUAAUUAUAACUAAAAAGCCAUGCAUACAGAAUUGUAUAUCAUUUUGCCAUUAAAAUUUUUAACUUACAUUGCAGUAAGCUUAGUAUUUAUUGAACCACAAUGUUUUACAUUUCUUUGUAUCAGUUGUUGUGUUGACCACUAAACACAAGAUUCGUUUUUAAAAACAAACCCUACAAAAAUCAGGUAUAAUUCCAUGAACAUUUUUGUAGACCACUUUUGAAAUACUUAUCAUUGUUUUGCAACAUGGACUGGACUAUAACAGCUUUCCUUUAACUUUUAAGUGACUGAUUAAAGUUGAGUGUUUGCAUAUAAAGAAAAAUUUAAACAUUUAUCUCAUGGCAGAUACAUUUGAAAGUAAAUAAUUUAGGAGAAUUUAUGCUGUGUAUUAAAAUUAUGCCCCAAAUAAAUCUUUCAUAUCUUUAAAAAUUCCAAUUCCGUUAUUACUGUGAUGUUUAUAGCUUUGUUAUUAAACCUUGUGAACAUAUGCAUUUAUUUUAAAAACUUAAUUUGACAACCACAUUAAAAUCUGAGUAAGAGAAGGAAUCUUUAGAAAUAAAAUUACUUCAUUAGGGUGUUCAGUUUGUGAUUGAAUAUUUAAGAAAAUUGCUGUAUUUAAAAUUACAACUUUAUUUUUUUUUCAGUUUUAAAAGAUAACAUAUGGGGUUUUUCCCAUUUUAUUUGUACUUUUAGGUUUCAGAAACAUCUUCCUGUUUUAAAAUCACUUUAUACACAUAAUAUUACUUAAAAACUCAGGGCCCCUUUCAUCUUUUGUAUACUGAAAAAGUUCAAUUGGUAACAAACAAGCAAUUAGAUCCAGUUGAAUAUUUAAAGUGUUUGUUGCACAGUUUAUUUAAUGACUUGUGUUAUUAUUUGACUUACUUCACAUAGACAUGAUAUCAGAUUUCUUUAAUCAUAAAAACUUGCCCAGUUCUGUAAUUACUGAAUAAAAAGAAUGACUCAACUAAUUAGCUACAUGUUACAACAAAUUUAGGCCUUAGAGUUGAAGUACUGGCUUAAACUUUUCUGUUCAUUGAUUAAAUGGCUAUCCAUGAUGGGACAAAUAAUUUUGUUUUGUUUUUUUAAUAACAAAGUAAUUCCUCUGAAAAUUUUCUUAAGAGGUAAUUUAACAUUAUAAAAUUUUCUUCUAAAAUUAAACUAUUGAGUUUAUAGCUUUAGUAAUAGCUUGAAUGAUUCUGAGAGAUAAUCUAUGGUAAUCUAUCACAUUGUCAGAGCCAAAUAGAAUUUUUCUUUGAAUCAGAUAAGCUCAAGCUCUAAAAUGGUAUGCUGUGUUUAAUUCUAGCAAUGAAGUUGUUUAUAAUCAGUCUCUUGUCUCAGGAUCCCCAUCGUGUUACCAAUCCUCUUAAGUAUGUAAAAGAAGCUUAUUUUUAAAGAAACUUAACAGUAAGGAAACUAAAUUACUAAAAAAUACAGCUAAAAAAUUGUUAAAUUCUGGUUUAUCAUUGAAUUGCUUGACUUCUGUGGCUUUUCUUAUUCUGGUCACAUUUAUUUAUUUAAGCAAUUUUUGUAUGCCUUGUUAUUUCAUUUCCAUAGAGAUUAUAUUGUAUAAGUGUUUGUAUAAGCUGGAAUCAUCCUUAGUUUUCUGUUGAUGAUUUUUCAAAUGAAGAUACAUGGAUAAUUGUAAAAUACACUAACUCCUAGGGUGUUGUAGUAGCUGAAACAUGGAAAUGUGUAGCUGCCAUGCUUUUUCUGAAUGGACAGGAAAGACAUAAGCUACAGAGUAUUCAUUUCUGAGGAUGCUUUUCUAAAAAAAAGAAAGGCUGAAAAAUAAUGGCACUUCCUCAGAACCCUCUUUCUUGUUAACGGGUAUCUUUUGUUGGUGUGUUUUGCUCUUACAUUACAGAUAGAAUAUCAUAUUAUGAAUUUAUGAAUAAUUACUUUCAAUUAUUUUGCUUUUGUAUAAGCCGUCUGAGACCUUGCUAUGCUGUACAAGUUGUAUUUGAUGGAUCAGUGUGAGUAUGAAAUAAAGCAAAUCACUUUUCUUUUGUAUUAUCUAUGGAUGCCACUAUGAAAGCUGACAUUAAGCCACUAAAGAGUUUUCUAUGAAUACGUGUAAGUAAAUGCUUUGAUAUAUAUAAACCUAAAUAAAAAGAUUGUAUUGAUACAAAGACAUUGGAGAAGGAGAUUUUAAGACAGUUAUUUAGGUUUAAAAAGGCUUGCUGUAAAAUGGUGCAUUAUUCCAUUUAUUAAAGAUCAUAUUAAUGACAA